UCGGUGCUGGUCAACAACAGCUGCUUUACCAGAAACCAGGAGGCGUUAAAGUUGGCGAUGUGACAAGUACGAGAACCGAGCUGUGAGAUCAUUAAUAGUGUGUGUGAGUGAGUGAGAGUGUGUGUGAGUGUGUGUGUGCUGCUCGUCCAUGCUGCAGCUCUGAGCUGCUGCAGCCUCUGAAGGGAGCACCAUGGCAAUGUGGAUCCAGGCCCAGCAGCUCCAGGGUGAGGCAUUGCACCAGAUGCAGGCGCUGUAUGGCCAGCACUUUCCCAUCGAGGUGCGGCACUACCUGGCCCAGUGGAUUGAGAGCCAGCUCUGGGAUUCCGUGGAGUUGGACAACCCAGCGGAAGAGGCCAAAGCCAAGCGUCUGCUGGACAACUUGGUGACCGAGCUUCAGAGGAGAGCCCAACUUCAGGGAGGAGAGGACGGUUUUCUGCUCAAGAUCAAGUUGGGCCACUAUGCCAACCAGCUCAAGAGUACUUAUGACCGCUGUCCUUUGGAGCUGGUGCGCUGCAUUAAACACAUCCUGCACUCAGAGCAGAGGCUGGUUCAAGAAGCCACAAAUGCCAGCUCUGAGACUGGUGGCCAGGCUAUGGACAGCCUGUCACAGCGCCACCAACAGAUCAACCAGUCUUUUGAGGAACUUCGUUUGGCAACACAGGAGACUGAGAACGAACUGAGAAAGCUGCAGCACAGCCAGGAGUACUUCAUCAUCCAGUACCAGGAGAACCUUCGUAUCCAGGCACAGCUCAGCAAUGUGUCUUCACUGCCUCCAGCCGAGCGCACCCAGCGAGAGACCACCCUACAGAGCAAGAGGGCCACUGUGGAGGCCUGGCUCACUAGAGAGGCCAGCACACUACAGAAAUACAGGCUUGACCUGUCAGAGCAACACCAGAAGACCCUGGGUCUGUUGAGGAAGCAGCAAACUUUAAUCCUUGAUGAGGAGCUCAUCCAGUGGAAGAGGAGGCAGCAGCUGGCUGGCAAUGGGGGUCCCCAUGAGGGGGGACUGGAUGUCCUCCAGUCCUGGUGUGAGAAGCUGGCUGACCUCAUCUGGCAGAACCGGCAGCAGAUCCGGCGCUGUGAGCAUCUAACCCAACAGCUCCCCCUGCCAGGCCCGAUGGAAGAGCUGCUGAGCAAGCUCAAUGGUGACAUCACUGAUAUCAUCUCUGCCCUGGUUACCAGCACCUUCAUCAUUGAAAAGCAGCCACCCCAGGUGUUAAAGACCCAGACCAAGUUUGCAGCCACUGUGCGCCUUCUGGUGGGCGGAAAACUGAAUGUCCACAUGAACCCGCCACAGGUCAAGGCUGUCAUUGUCAGUGAGCAGCAGGCCAAAGCUCUGCUGAAGAAUGAGAGCACACACAGCGAAAGCAGUGGAGAAAUCCUCAACAACAACUGUGUGAUGGAAUACCACCAGGCCACUGGCACCCUCAGUGCACACUUCAGAAACAUGUCACUGAAACGGAUCAAGCGUUCUGACCGUCGAGGUGCAGAGUCAGUGACAGAGGAGAAGUUCACAGUUCUGUUUGAAUCACAGUUCAGCGUCGGGGGAAAUGAACUCGUCUUCCAUGUCAAAACCUUAUCACUCCCUGUGGUAGUGAUCGUCCAUGGCAGUCAGGACAACAAUGCCACAGCAACAGUCCUGUGGGACAAUGCCUUUGCUGAGCCGGGCAGGGUGCCGUUCAUCGUGCCAGACAGGGUGCUAUGGCCCCAGCUGUGUGAGGCCCUGGAUAUGAAGUACAAGGCGGAAAUGCACAGCGGGCGUGGCCUUUCAGAGGAUAACCUGGUCUUCCUGGCACAAAAGGCGUUUUCAAGCAGCAGCAACAACCCUGAGGACUACAGCAACAUGAGCAUUUCUUGGGCCCAGUUCAAUCGGGAGAGCUUACCUGGACGCAACUUCACCUUCUGGCAGUGGUUUGAUGGAGUUGUUGAGCUCAUGAAGAAACAUCUCAAGCCUCACUGGAAUGAUGGUGCCAUCCUGGGCUUUGUAAACAAGCAGCAGGCACAGGACAUGUUGUUGUCCAAACCCAACGGCACCUUUCUGCUGCGAUUCAGUGACUCUGAGAUUGGAGGCAUCACCAUCGCCUGGGUGGCUGAGAAUCCCAACAAAUCAGGGGAGAGGUUGGUGUGGAAUCUGUUACCUUACACAACCAAGGACUUCUCCAUUCGCUCCCUGGCUGAUCGCAUCAGUGACCUGAACCACCUUCUGUUUCUCUAUCCUGACCAGCCCAAGGAUGAGGUUUUUGCCAAGUACUACACCCCUCCACUCUCAAAAGCAGUGGAUGGAUACGUAAAACCACAGAUCAAACAAGUUGUGCCAGAAUUUACCACCCCAAACCCUGAACCCAGCGGAGCAACUCCUACAUUCAUGGACCAUACAGCUUCUCCCUCUGUGAGCCACCCCAACAACUUCAGUGUUUACCCACCUAUUAGUGACACAAUGUUGGAUGCAGAUGGAGACUUUGACCUGGAGGACACGAUGGAUGUGGCCCGUCAUGUGGAGGAACUGCUCCGCAGGCCCAUGGCCAACCAGUGGAGCAGCCAGCAGUCCUGAACCUGAAACCUGAUACUGCUGCACACCUUCAGGUCUACUCCAUCUUAUCCACCCCUUUAAUUCUCUCUGAACUGCAGCCAGAUUAAGAUAUGUCCUAUGUUCAUUAGUCCCUCUGACAGAUCCACAUUACAGUUCUCAACCAUCAUGUUUAAGCUGCCCACAGCUCCGUGGAGAUAGCAAACCAUGUUUUCAAGAGUCAGCGUUACUGGCAUUGGACAGACGACAGCGACUGGUCUUAUCUCCACCCAUCAUAGUUUCUCAGGACGGUCAUGUACAGCUGGUAUGGGGCAAUGGGAUUUUUAUGCAGUUCGUUUUUAUGUGUACUUUACAUUCAUAUGUGCCUGAUGAGCUUUUAGCUGGCACAAUGAUACUUUUGCAUAAGAAUUUAAAGUAUACAAAUUACUGUCUCUUCAAAUGAUUUUUAAAUGUUCUCAUUUCCUUCUACACAGUUAACAUUGGACUGAAUGCAGACAAUCAGACUCUCUUCUCUAUAACAGGAGCUAUUUGUCAAUAAUGAUAGUUGUAUAAUUAGUAGUAUAUAUCUAGUAGUAAAUCCAUAAAAAAGUAUGCAACUUUAGCUGAACCUCAGCCACUGUGAACACCAGCAGUAUUUAGAGUAUAAAUCAACAACCAUUCCUCCCAUGUAGGUGCAGCGUAGUUACUGCUGUGUCAUUGGCUUUAGACAGGUUUAAACCUGUGACGCUGGAAACCAAAUCAAGUGGUGUCCUCAUCCUAACUCCAGUGUCCUGGGAAGCUGAACAACAGACAACCGUUUUAUACAGACAUGGUUCAUGUCUGGUUUGAAGUUUGAACCUGGUGGAACUAGAGUUUCUGUCAUUGAGCUGAGAGUAAUCACUGGUCAUGUUUCCAGUUGGGAUCUCUGGUUCUUUCACUUGCUUCUCUUACUGUUUGCUUGUUUUCUGGUUUAUGAUCGAUUUACACACCGACCAACACCCCUGCUUAUAGAAAGUGGUCGGAGGUCAAAGAGACAGAUGAAAGCAAAAGCACAAAAAUAAUAAACAUCAAAUAAGACUGUCAGCCACAUCAUCAUUUUGUAGUAUUUAAUAGUGAAUGCUCAGUAGUAUUAUAGUGAAUUUGACUCAGCAAUCAGAUUCAACUCAGACAGUCCUUAUUUAGCUGAACCAGUUCAAAACCUUAGCUGAGCUUUUCAGAUGUUAGGUGACACAGCUUCAGUCUCUGUGUGUUUGCAGUUUUCUGUAACACACUAAAACAAAGCAGUGAAUGAUUAACAGCAGUUAUAAAACUUCAUACAGACAUUUCAAGACUUCAAGAAUUCCCCUCUUUUAUUCUGGAUGUCAGAUUCAUAUGUCAGAGGUUCAUAAUGUAGUCUUACAUUUUACUUAACAUGCUUAACAAUUACUGUAUUAAUCUCUUCACCCUGUGGGGAUCUGUGAACAUGCUUUCUUUUCUACGAUAUGACAAUGUGCAGUCCCCAUUGGGCCCAGUCCCCUGAAAAUCAGUGCGGCUUCACCUGUCACUUAGUGUUUUUAGAUGGAGUGUAUUCUUACUCUGUACGUUACAUGCUGUCAAUCAUGAUUCAACAGAAUAACUUGAAGUGGUCUUGAAUGUAAAAUUCCGGGUGUCUGAUUUUCAUUUCUGUCCAAACCCAAACUGAGCUUGACUUUCACACUCAACUACAACUUGUCUAUCAAGUUCAACAAUUUAUUUUGAUUCAAAUAUUUUAAUUUAAAGGCACUCUGCCCUAACCACAAAUAAUAAAUGCUAUCAUUUUUCAGACUAAACUCAAACAUCUACUGUUUUGUGGAAAUGGGACUGACUUAAAGAUCAUAAAUGUUCCACAAUGGAGUCAAAAUGUUGAGACCACUUUUUGACUUUGUGUAUAAAUAUAUAUUUUCAGAAUGGAACCUUCCGUAUAUGGUAGUGUGUGAUAAGCUUAGUUAUCUGUCAGUGGAUUCUAUUCACCUCACACUUUAUGAUAAGCCAUACUACUUAAUAAUACAUCUUCUCAGCCAUAAAUUAUGAGACAGCAGCUCAGGUCUGUAACUAAAAAAUGUUUUUUUCAUUUAUUAUUUCAAUUAAUUCUUUGGUCCAAAAAAUGUAAAGAAAAUUUGAAAAAUCACAAUUAUUUACACUCAGAUUCCCAAAAGCCCAGAGUUAUAUCUUUGUGCACCUGUGCACAGUUCAAAAACAUUCAGUUUACUGUAACAUACAUCCCCACAUAUGAGAGGAUGUAACUGAUUUCAUUUUAUUUUAUUGCUAAUGGAUCUUUUGUAGAUCAAAUAAAUAGCCGCUCCCGUUCUGAUCAUGUGUGCAUUGCCUCUGAAACCAGAGUACAACCUCAGCUGGAGUUUGUCCGUUCUGCUCAUUAUGAUCAUGAUGAUGUUACUCUUUUUCUAGCUUCUCUUUUAUCCUCAAAUAACCUUCAGUAAACAUUUCUCCUCAGAGAAGCUUUUGUGUGGAGAUUUAACGGCUCAGUAGAUCUGUCUGUGCCUUUUGGAUUGCUAAGGACACCACUGACAAUCCACACAUUUGAAAGCCAUUGUCCAUAACACUGUACUACUACCAGUAGCAACCAAGGAAUGUCAAAUCUCUCAUAGAACACAACUCACCCAUUAUGAAGUUAACACAGCAAACCUCAGGAAAGUCACUGUGGAAAAGACAGUUUCGUCCAAAUCAACCCAAUGAUUUGAGUGUAGAUGGGGAUACUAUGUAACUCUUGUGCUACCUUUACCUCUUAUGCUUAUUGUGAAAUAAAUGCUGAAACACAAACUUUGAUUGUGUACCAAUUCAAAAGACAAGUGAACAAGCACUUUUUUGCUCACACCAGCCUUUACGCUAUUUGUACUGAUGCAGUGAUUCACCUUUUUGUCCUUGAAUCAACCAAAUGUGUGUAUCCAGCUCACUGCUGCUGUGUUUGUUCGCUGGCUUCUGUACAGUCUGCCUGAUGUACUUCCACAUUGUGCUACAGUUUACUGGAAAUUUGGUGUUUUGAUUUGACAUGGAAAUAAACGUUUUUUUUUAAUGAACUCAA